AUGCACCAGGGGUAUGUGGGCAACAAGGCGGCGGUCUUCCCCCUGCAACUGCUGGGCUUCGAUGUGGACCCAAUCAACUCCGUGCAGCUCUCCAACCACACUGGGUACCCCACGUGGAAGGGGCAGAUUCUGGAUGGAGAGCAGCUGGGGGCGCUGAUAGAGGGCGUGGAGGCCAAUGGGCUGCUCUUCUACACGCACCUGCUCACCGGGAACAGGAGAUUUGAUGACAGCAUUGCUGCUUGGAUGGUCACAU